AUGUUCAACUGGUCUAGUCGUUCGAAAGGUUACGACCAACCUCCUUCCUCUGGAGGUUUCUUUCGCAGAGUCAUAUCCUUCAACCGCGGUUCCAGCAUUCCGCGACCUCAGACACCCCAGACCUGGAAUUCAGAACCUCCGUACGGCCCUGGACCUCCUCAAGGUAGCGGACCAUCGGCUUUAUACAACCAAUAUUACGCGCAACCACAGUAUAGCUCUCAAAACGCCCGACCGCAGCACAACUCAUGGCAGACGUCAUACGAUACACCACCACCUCGUAGGGACGAACCUAGGGGCCCUAUACACCCACCUAACUACAGUGGCCCGCAACCUCAUGCUCUGCCUCCUCCACCUCAAACUGUUCCUUUACGGGAGUAUGCUCCCAAACGCUUGCCCAACCCAGACUACAGGCCUAGCGCCGCAAAACCACCCUCGCCUCAAGUACCACGUUACGACCCCUACACUUAUAACCAGUCCUCGCACUCUGCUCGAAACAAUGGCUAUUCGUCGCAUUCAACAGUGCCAUCUUAUCGCUCCGACCCGCACUCCCAGUCUCGCCCGAUAAACAACGAUUAUUAUUCAUCAUCUUCUCGACACUCGUCUCGGGCUGACCCACCCCCUCGCCCGCGCCGAAACAACGCAGGGCACACUCCCUAUUUUGAUCCUCCCGAUUUCCUUCAAAAUCGUCGAGAUUCUGUUGGAUCGCAGCAUGACAGCACUUACCAUAGCUCGAACCAGCGACCUCGUACCAAUCCGUACGCCAACACGCCACGUGGAACUCCUUGGCAAUCCAGUGCAUCGCUGGCUCGAACCGAUGAGUCUGGCCGAGCGCCUUCGACUCGUUCACGACCUGACUCGGUGGCGCCGCCCGCCAACCCCGCCUCGCAAUCGCGGACAUCGGUGGGUCGUACGGGUGCCCUGGCAGUCGUCAACCCCGAUCCUCCAAGCCCUAAGUACCAGCUAGCGCCAGAGUUGAGGAUCACAAGCAGCGGCCAGUACCCCUGGAUCAAUUACGCGAUUUGGUUGAAACCGUCUACGGCCGAACUUAUGGUCGCGCAGGGAAAGGCAGUGGAUGUCAAACACCGUGAGUUGGCGUUCAGCCCGCCGGUGAACUAUAUCAGGAUCAAAAGCUACAAGCACGACGACCCUCUGUCUCUUGUGAUCGCACGUUGGGGCCCCAUCGAGGUCGGAAGACCCAAUGGUACAAAAGCGCUUACCGUGUAUAACAUCCUUUUUGAGAUCUGGGACUACUUCCAGAAGUCGAUCGAGUCGCAUGAGUGGCCGGAAUUCGAGGCGAAGGAGGCGAAGGCGCUUAUGUUCGCCAUCGAAGCGAGCUUCGACCAUCGUCAGACCGUUCCGGACACUGGAAUACCAUGGGCAGAGAAUGCGAGGGCAGGGGCGACGCGGGUCGAUACAUUGUGGAAAUAUUGGAUGUUCGGCGGUCUCAAGCUCGACAAGGACUUUGAGAAGAACCGAGUAGUGCGUAUGAAGCUAUCUAGUUUUGGUACCUAUGAUGAUCGAUAA